GUGGGCAAGGAAGCCUGCAGACAAGAACGAUAAUGGAACACAAUGGAGGAACCGGUUCUGUGAAAUAGCGUUGUAUAAAUAAUUCCUUAACAUUUUAGGUCUCGGGAUACAGGAUUGAAACCCUUAAAGGAUUUAUUUUUUAUUGUUAUAACGUUGUCAAAGGCAGAGUAGUAUAUUAUCGCGUGGCGUAUUGUUUAUUUAUUAGGGUUGUUUUUUUUUUCAAAUCGAACAACCAGUUUGGAUGUUGUUCUGUGGCCAACAAUAACUAAGCCGAGGCAGAACGUGGAUCCCAUCUUUUCUCGGCUAACUGGCCUUGUGGCUGGUUGACACAGUUGGGACCGGUGCUUAGGGGAUGUUGUCCGUACUCUCCUAUGGUAGACUGGUUGCCAGGGCUGUCAUCGGCGGUCUAUCCCAGACAGACAGCCGCGAUUACAGCCUGGUGACAGCAAGCUUUGGAUUUGGGAAGGAUUUUCGCAAAGGAAUUCUCAAGAAAGGGAUGUGCUAUGGAGACGACGCUUGUUUCAUUGCACGACACAGAUCUGCCGAUGUCUUAGGUGUAGCGGAUGGAGUGGGUGGUUGGCGUGACUACGGGGUCGACCCCUCCCAGUUCUCUGGGACCCUGAUGAGAACGUGUGAACGGCUGGUCAAAGAGGGACGUUUCGUACCUAGCAACCCAGUGGGCAUCCUCACAACCAGCUACUAUGAGCUCCUUCAGAACAAAGUACCUCUAUUAGGAAGCAGUACAGCCUGCAUAGUUGUACUGGACAGGCAGAGCCAUCGCCUCCAUACGGCAAACCUGGGUGAUUCGGGGUUCCUCGUGGUAAGGGGCGGUGAAGUGGUGCAUCGGUCUGACGAACAGCAGCACUAUUUCAACACCCCGUUCCAGCUCUCCAUCGCACCCCCUGAGGCUGAGGGCUCGGUACUCAGCGACAGUCCCGAGGCUGCUGACAGUUCAUCCUUCGAUGUCCAGCUGGGAGACAUCAUUCUCACAGCAACAGAUGGACUCUUUGAUAACAUGCCUGACUACAUGAUCUUACAAGAACUCAAAAAACUCAAGAACACCAACUACGAGAGCAUCCAGCAAACGGCCAAAAGCAUCGCGGAACAGGCUCACAUCCUGGCGUACGAUCCCAAUUACAUGUCGCCCUUUGCGCAGUUUGCCUGUGACAACGGCCUGAACGUACGGGGAGGAAAGCCAGAUGACAUCACAGUUCUUCUUUCCAUAGUGGCAGAGUACACAGACUAGCAUUUGUUCAGAGGGCACUGUGCCUCGCGCUGUCUUCCUCUCUCUCGGUUUAUUGGACUGGUGUCUGUUUCCUGCUGGCAGGAUUGGGGGGGGGGGGGGCGCUAUUGUUAUUCAAGAUUGUUGAUGGCUUAACCUGAACCUCCCUCCUGGGGUUCUCAUGUCCCGACCCAACCUCUUGCCUUGAAGGUUGUUAGUCUUUCCUCCCAUUCAUGAUUGGCUUAAACAGAAGGAAGAUUCCAUGUUGAUCCAACCUGAUCUUGAACCUUGCUUAAGUUGAGGGGCCGUCUCCAUCCCUUCAUUGCCAAUCAGUUGAGAUUAAAAUUAGUUUUGAUCAGCGUCACAUGGGCAGCGUCUCACUGGAUCACAGUUAAGGAAACAGACGUCUCAUCAGCGGGCAGUCAAACAUGUCAUGGAGAGGAGAUUUUUGUAGAGGGCUACGAUAGCAACAUGUCAAAUGUCUCUAAAAUGGCAGCAAGCAAGUAAAGAAAGGAUGGAGAAGAGCAGAGUAACUUAAAAGAGUAACAAGGUUGCAGCAUCAUAGAAAUUUUAGAGAAUGUAACUAUGCAGAAUUGAGAGACUCUGGAAUGGGCGUGGCUUACCAAAGCCAAGGUCAUACGGCAAAGGUCACUGGCAACUUUUUUGCCUGGUCAGUGUUCCAUUAGAGCAGCACCUGGUUUAUUAGCAGCUACCUGCUAUCCGUCGUGGUGUCAAAAGGCCACUUAUCAUGCCAAAUCUUAUUUAAGCUUAUUGGGUCUUAAGUAGCUGCCACCUUCUGUCAGGUCCAGUCUGUUGAGUUUAAAGGGCAGGACUUUUAGUUCGGAAGGAAGAUCCGACACUUGCUACAAAAUCACAGUGUUCAACCACUCGAAACUGCACAAGAUGAAAGUCAAACAGCAAAAGAUAAACUGUUAUAUGACUGAACAUGCAAUCAUUACACGUGGAUGCCAUAAUCUUUGGGAGUUAAAACAUGCAUGAACGAAGAUGGUGAAGGUUGAAGAUUCACUUUCGCAUGUAAUUUAAAUUGAGGAAAAACUAUGGAUGUAUGUCUUUUUACUCACCAAAUGGGUUUAUUAUUUUAAAUAUAUAUAUAUAUUGGCACUAAAUUAAAGAUGCAAAUACUGCAUAACAUUUUUAAACUUCAGGGUCCAGGGCAAAGAGAUGUUGCUCUAAGUUUGCUUAAGAAGAAAAUUUUACAUAUUUUAAAUAUUUAUGGUGUCAAGAGCAGUGUUCGUCCCCUUUACCCUCUGUUAUGUGUAAAUGGCAAUGCAAGAGACUGCAAGAUGAGUUGAGUGCACAGACAAGAAGCCUCCUGUCCUGUGUCCAGCACUCUGUCUAUCUGUCUGUCUGUGUGUGU